UAAGCAUAAUAUUACAGUAUUGCUUUACAAUAGUAAAUUAAGUGUAUGUGGAAUAUGAUCAAUAAUUAACUAUAUCUUUAAAUUUCACUUCAUCUGAAACUGGCCAAAUUUAUAACACAUUAAAGGCCUGUAGUGGCAUCAAGGGCUUUUUCAUAAAAGAGCCGCUUCCUUUGAUAUUUCUAAUGUUAGGUUUAUUUGUUUAUUAAUAUAAACUAUUGCUUUUAUAGCCUUUACGUCUGGAAAAGGAAAAAAAAAAAAAAAAGCUUGUCAUCACAUUCCUGCUCUAUUAAUAAAACAGCUGUUGGAAGGAAAACUAUAACGUUGGGGGACGAAUAAAUAUCAAACUCUUAAUUUAGUAACUUUAAAGUCAAUAAGCUUGAUAUUAAUAGACCCAAACUGUGUGAAAGUUCACCGUGCGCUGAGCGUGUAAUUGGGCUGCCUGGUCACGUGGCCUGAGCCGUCCAAUCGAGUUUGUCGGGUCCCAGUGACGUCACUCUUCAUCCCUCCGCGCUCCGCGCGUCUCCCUGGUGACUUUGUAUCGGCGUCUUGCUGCCGGCUCUCGCGCGGAAGAAUCAUGACCUUCGCGACGCUCCAGUUUGUCCGGAAAAUGACGUCGAGCGCGGCUCGAACCGCAGCCAUCAAACACGUAACGGUGAUCGGAGGGGGUCUCAUGGGGGCUGGUAUUACACAGGUCGCCGCAGCCACGGGACACACGGUGGUGUUGGUGGACACCUCGGAGGACAUCCUCAAGAAGUCCGCCACGGGAAUCGAGGGCAGCCUGACGAGAAUCGCCAAGAAGAAGUUUGCGGACAAGCCAGAGGCUGGGCAGGAGUUUGUCCAGAAGGUGCUGAAGAACAUCUCGACGAGCACAGAUGCCGCGUCUGCGGCGCGCACCACUGACCUCGUGGUGGAGGCCAUCGUGGAGAACCUGAAAACCAAGCAGGAGCUCUUCAGCGCACUCGACAAAGUGGCUCCCAAUCACACAAUCUUUGCCAGCAAUACGUCGUCGCUGCCCAUCACCGACAUCGCCAGCUCCACGGCGAGACUUGACCGCUUUGGCGGCCUGCACUUCUUCAACCCCGUUCCCAUGAUGAAGCUUGUGGAGGUGAUUAAAACAUCUCAGACGAGCCAGGAGACCUUUGACACCCUCGUCGACUUCAGCAGGGUGCUGGGGAAACACCCGGUCCUGUGUAAAGACACUCCGGGCUUCAUCGUGAACCGGCUUCUCGUACCCUACCUGAUGGAGGCGCUCCGGCUGCACGAGAGAGGCCAUGGAUCCAAGGAGGACAUCGAUGUCGCGAUGAAGCUCGGCGCCGGCUACCCCAUGGGGCCCUUCGAACUCCAUGAUUACGUCGGACUCGACACGUUGAAAUCAAUUAUUGAUGGUUGGAACAAGAUGGAGCCAGAGAACCCCCUGUUUGCCCCCAGUCCGCUGCUCAACAAGCUGGUGGCUGAAGGCAAGUUGGGAAAGAAGACCGGAGAGGGAUUUUAUAAGUACAAAUAACAGAGGACGGACGACCUGGUCGCGUGAACGCCAUCGUACCCAAGGUCAGGAGAGAAAGCGGGGUGUGAAGAGUUGAGAAGGCAAGUCGUGUGCGUGGACUCUGUUUGACUUCUUGCUGCAUGUCUGAACUGUGCUGAAUUACCCAUCAUGGCAUUAAAAGGAGCUGUAUAAAAUAUUUUGUACAUGUUUAUGCUGGUGCUGUGAUCCAUAAUAAAAGAGGCCAGAAUAAAAGGGGGUUGUUCAUAGCUGUAGUUCACACAGUGAACACAAGGUGGAGCCACUAAUGACAGCUUUCCUGCUUCCAGGAUAUUAUGAGAAAUAUUUGAUGUGGUUGCAAUAGAAAAUAUUAAAAUGCAGUGUUCCAACUUCAUGCUGACUGAGUCCUUAUAUUCAGCCAUUUAACCAAAUAACAGUUAAUUUCUACUGGGCUAUAAGAA